CUUUGUGAUUUUCUGAGUUUCACAUUCUCAUUUCUAAAGCUUUACAUUAAAGGAAAAGCUGCCGCUCUGGGCCCCGCCUUUCCACACUCUCCCAGUCACCGCCAAGACUCGCUAUUUCACAGCCUUUUCUCGAGAAAUUUACCAUUUUAAUGGUGUUAAAACAAAGAAUGUGAGUUACGGGCCUAUCAGGAUAAAGUUUGGGAUGCAAGGGUCAAAUCGGCUUUCACACAUGUACGCAGUCACAAUUUUCUAGAGAAGAUUGAGGUAAAAGUCAAAGAAUACGACGUUUUAGAGUACAAAGGGACACGUGUUACUGGACAAUCCACUUAAAGUCACAAGAUGAACUCAGCCAGAAGCACAGAGGACGUGGAUAACGAAGACCUGUUCGCAGGUCUCGCUCUGCAGCGCCAAUGGGAUGAUAAACCAGAUUUGGAUCAACUAUACACCACGCUUAUGGAAGUUUACUGCAAACUGGAAAAUAACGAGGAUGUCAGUGAACAGCAGGAGAGACUAUACCUCCUAGGAACGAGAGUAAAGGCGAAAACAGGCUCGUUUAUGAACUCUUGGAGGUAUAAAAUGAAGCAUAUGGCAACCAAUGUUAGAGUGUUAAAGAUGAAGAAAAAGACGGUAGCAUGGAAUAUACCAAGAAUCGAGCAAAACUAUUUGGCGAAAUGCAAAUUUUAUCAAAAGAAAAAGAGUUUUAAUGAAGUCUAUGAUAAGCUCGGAAGAAUAGUGUCGAGGUUACCAAAUGUCAAACAAUUGGAUUCAACAGCUUCAGAGCUGUUGAAUAGACGUAUUAAAAUAAUGACAAAAAUUGACAAGCUAAAGGAGCAGAUAGAGGCUCAAAAAUCGCAAAUUGACAGUAUUUAUCUCUUAUUGAGCAAGGAAUAG